AUGAGCUUUCUUCAAAAUGGUCCUGGCUGGUUUCUGCAGUUGGUGUGUGGUUUACAGCCGUUGUGUCGUCAGGUGCCGACGGCCCAGUUCACCUACUUCUUGCUGUUGCUGAUGUGGCUGGCCGCAGCUGGUGUUGAGGUGUGGGUGACUACGAUUCUGCGACGACGAUACGGCGACCAGAACGAGUGGUACAGACGUCGAGCUGCUGCAUCGGCGUUCUGUUUCGCGAACAUGAUCGUCAACGCCCUGUGCAUGUACUACGUUAAUCCGUAUGGCCCGUAA